GAAGGAAUAAAUGCAAGAUGGCUCCUCAUAUAAAACCAGCCGCCUGGCUUCUCUUUUGUGAUCUACAAAAUUAUUUCUCCCCGUUUGUUCGAUUAAAAUACCGUUUUCGGGGAAGUGCGGAGGGCUGAAUCAAUCUGUACGCUGGCGUGGAGUUACUCAAGCGUCUUCGGGCGCUGUGGGAAAUAUUUAAUAAGCGAGCAGGCGGAUUUUGAGGCAGUGCGCGAGAUUUCGGGCCUGUCCGCGCACGCGUCGGUCAGCAGCAGCCGAACCUGAACCCGAACCCUCGGCCGGACACAAACCCGGACCCCCGAACAGCUCACACAUGGCCGUUUCAAGGUUAGAACGUCUCUUUAUCUUAUUGGAUACAGGAACGACUCCUGUCACCCGUAAAGCUGCUGCUCAGCAGUUGGGAGAUGUUGUUAAGCUUCACCCACAUGAGCUUAAUAACCUGCUAUCAAAGGUUUUAACAUACUUAAGAAGUCCAAACUGGGAUACGCGAAUUGCUGCUGGACAAGCUGUCGAAGCCAUAGUGAAGAAUAUUCCAGAAUGGAACCCAUCUCCAAAGCCAAAAGAUGAGGUCUGUGCAGAAGAUUUGUCUCCAGAGGAUGUGUCCACAGACAGGCUGAGUUUCUACAGGUUUGAUAUCUCUCGUCUGCUGAAGCACGGAGCAUCUCUGCUCGGCUCGGCUGGUGCUGAGUUUGAGCUUCAAGAUGACAAGUCAGGUGAGACAGAUCCCAAAGAGCGCUUGGCCCGGCAGAGGAAGCAGUUACAGAAGAAGCUGGGAUUGGAUAUGGGUGCGGCGAUCGGCAUGGACACAGAGGAGCUUUUUAAUGAUGAGGACCUGGAGGACGCUUGCGCCUCCAGUACCAACAGAACACAACCUGGAAAAAGCCUGGGCUGUCACUUCUCACGCAAUCAUUUGCCAGCUGCAGAGCUCAUAGAUUCUGAGUUUCGUCCAGGCAUGAGCAAUCGACAGAAGAACAAAGCAAAGAGGAUGGCAAAACUGGUGGCAAAGCAGAGAUCCAGAGACGUGGAUUCUAAUGAGAAGAGCAAUGACAGUUUUGAGGGAGAGCCUGAAGAGAAGCGACGGAAAACAACAAAUGUAGUCAUUGAGCAGCCAGCGAACGACAGCAAAGUCUUAAUUGACAACGUUCCUGAUAACUCCAGUUUAUUUGAGGAGACUCAGGAAUGGCCUCUGGAAAGCUUUUGUGAUGAACUGUGCAAUGACCUCUUCAAUCCCUCGUGGGAGAUUCGUCAUGGUGCUGGCACAGGACUGAGGGAAGUGCUGAAGUGUCAUGGUGCUGGCGGAGGAAAGACUGUUGGCAGCACAGCAGAACAGAUGGAGCGUCAACAUCAGGAGUGGCUGGAGGAUUUGGUCAUCAGACUCUUGUGCGUCUUUGCUUUAGACAGAUUUGGAGAUUUUGUAUCGGAUGAGGUGGUUGCACCUGUCAGAGAGACAUGUGCUCAGACUCUGGGUGUAGCUUUAAGGCACAUGGAAAACAGUGGCGUUGCAAUGACUGUAGACAUUCUGCUCAAGCUGCUAACCGAAGACCAGUGGGAAGUUCGACACGGCGGUCUGUUGGGCAUCAAAUAUGCUCUGGCUGUCAGACAGGAUUUGAUCGCAGAGCUGCUUCCUCGAGUUCUUCCUGCCAUUACAGAAGGUCUGCGGGAUUUGGAUGAUGACGUUCGUGCUGUGGCAGCAGCGGCUUUGAUCCCAGUGGUAGAUGGAUUGGUUCAGUUACAGCCUGCUAAGGUGCCCUUCAUCGUGGACACACUGUGGAAUGCUCUGCUGGAGCUGGAUGAUCUCACAGCCUCGACUAACAGCAUCAUGACCCUCCUGUCCUCCCUGCUCACCUACCCACAGGUCCGACAGUGCAGCACACAACAGUCUCUGACAGUGCUGGUUCCUAGAGUGUGGCCCUUCUUGAGACAUACCAUCGCUUCUGUUCGUCGUGCUGCACUAGAUACCCUCUUUACACUGCUUUCCAAAGCUGACCAGAGUUGUGCAGUGUGGCUGAAUCCCAUCAUGCAGGACAUGUUGAGACACAUCUUUCAGUCCUGCAUCCUGGAGAGCAACCAGGAGAUACUAGAGCUGAUACAGAAGGUGUGGAGAGAGUUGUUGCGUCAGGCCCCGCAGCAGUAUGUGGUGGCGGCCAGCUGUCCCUGGAUGGGUGCGUGGCUCUGUUUGAUGAUGCAAGCGCCACACAUUCCAAUAGACCCCAACAUGCUGCUGGAAGUGAAAGCCCGCUUUAAGGAGAAAGCUGCAGGAAAGGCCCGACAGGGAUCUGUUCCAGUCAAGGAAACAGUCCAGGAAUACAUUGGCGGAGCCGAGACCGUCACAGAAGAGCCUGCCACGCGAGACUAUGUGGUGACACGUGCACGUCUAAUGGCUGCGAAGCUGUUGGGGGCGCUGUGCAGUUGUAUAUGUGACCCACGGUUGAACAGCUCUUCCCUAGAGCUCCGUCCUGCAGAGUCUCUCGCUCAACUUUUACUCUUCCACCUCAAUUCCAAAUCAGCCCUGCAGCGGAUUGCAGUUUCCAUGGUCAUCUGUGAGUGGGCCGGCCUUCAGAAGGAAUGUGAGCUGCUUUCUAGUGUGGUUCAGCCUCGACUGCUGGUCAUCCUGUCAGAGCAGCUCUACUAUGACGAGAUCGCCAUUCCUUUCACUCGUAUGCAGAACGAAUGCAAACAGCUCAUAGCGCUACUGGCUGAUGCCCACAUUGACGUGAGAGAACGAAUCAACUCCACUGUCUUCACCAUCGAUCAGGCCAAUGAGCUGGUAACCACCAUCUUCUCUGAAAGCACCUCCACUCUGAACCUAAAGUCUCGUCAGUUCCAGCCACUAGACAGCAAGCGAAUUCAGGCUCAGUCCACAGUGUGUGAGACCAGCGCCGAAUGGCAGCAGCUGCAGCUCAGAGUGCACACCUUCACUGCCUGCGCUGUGGUGGGCCUGGGGAUGUUGCCGGAUAAACUCAAUCCUGUGGUGCGGCCCCUGAUGGAGGCGGCCCGGCGGGAGGAAAACAGCCUCGUCCAGGGUUGUGCGGCAUCCAACAUCGCACAUCUGCUGCAGCUGUGUGCUGCCAGAUCUCCGUGUCCUAAUGCAAAGAUUGUGAAGAAUCUCUGCAGCUCAGUUUGUGUGGACCCCAUGCUCACGCCUAGUGCUGCAUGUCCCGUCCCGCCAGCUAGCACUCCAAUACAGGAGAGCAGUAAAGCUUCAGUGGCAGAGAAGGAUGCAAUGCAUCACAUGGUGAACAAAACAAAGGGCAUCAUCACUCUGUACCGGCAUCAGAAAGCAGCGUUUGCCAUCACCAGUAAAAGAGGACCGACCCCCAAAACCCCUAAAAGCAACACUAACAAUGACCUGCCCGUCGGGGGCAGCAUUAGCACAGAAACAGAUGAGAGCAAGAAGCCGUGUCUCAUCCAGAGGAGAGGGGCAGAGUUCUGUCUGAUGACUGUUGCCAGACAUUUCAGCAAAGAGUUGACAAAAACUCUGCCCUAUCUGUGGGAGUCUAUGACCGGCCCAUUGAGGAAUGCACUGGAUGCUCAGGAAUUUGAUUCCAGCCAGUUGUUGAAGCAGGGCGACUCUGUGGCUCAGGAUCUUGUAAACUCUCUCCAAGUGCUUGAAGUCACAGCAGGAGCCAUGUCACAAGAGCUCAUCCCUUUAUUGAUGGAGCAGCUGCCUCUGCUGUGCACCUGUCUGCAGCAUCCAUAUACCGCUGUACGGCAUAUGGCCGCUCGCUGUGUUGGCGUUCUCAGCAAGAUCGCCACAAUGGAGACCAUGAAUGUGUUUCUGGAGCAGGUGCUGCCCUGGCUGGGUGCUAUUGAUGACAACACCAAGCAGGAGGGAGCCAUCGAAGCCCUGGCCUGUGUAAUGGAGCAGUUGGAUGUUGAUAUUGUGCCCUACAUCGUGCUGCUGGUGGUCCCAGUGUUGGGUCGUAUGAGUGACCCCUGUGACAGCGUGCGCUUCAUGGCCACACAGUGCUUUGCUACUCUGAUUCGACUGCUUCCUCUCGAGGCUGGAAUCCCAGACCCACCAUCGAUGUCUGAAGAUCUGAUUCGGCAGAAGGCCAGAGAACGACACUUUCUUGAGCAGCUGCUGGAUGGAAGAAAACUGGAAAAUUACAAGAUUCCUGUACCCAUCAAAGCAGAGCUCAGGAAAUACCAGCAGGAUGGUGUGAACUGGCUGGCGUUUUUGAACAAGUACAAGCUCCAUGGGAUUUUGUGUGAUGACAUGGGUCUGGGUAAAACCCUGCAGUCCAUCUGUAUUCUGGCUGGUGAUCAUUUCCUCAGAGCUCAGGAAUACACCAGGACAAAAGCCCCCGACUCUUGCCCUUUGCCCUCCAUAGUGGUGUGUCCGCCCACCCUGACGGGCCACUGGGUGGAUGAGGUCGGCAAGUUCUGCUCUAAAGAGUUUCUUAAUCCUCUGCAUUAUACUGGCCCUCCCACUGAACGAGCACGGUUGCAGCACCAGGUGAAAAAACACAAUCUUAUUGUUGCCUCAUAUGAUGUCGUUAGGAAUGAUGUCGAAUUUUUCAGGGAUAUUAAAUUUAAUUACUGUAUCCUUGACGAGGGUCACGUUAUUAAGAACGGAAAGACCAAACUCUCCAAAGCGAUAAAGCAGUUAACUGCCAACUACAGAUUGAUUCUCUCAGGAACGCCCAUCCAGAACAAUGUUCUGGAGUUGUGGUCUCUUUUUGACUUCCUGAUGCCAGGCUUUCUUGGUACCGAGCGUCAGUUUGCUGCUCGCUAUGGGAAGCCCAUCCUCGCCAGUCGAGAUGCUAAAAGUUCCUCACGUGAACAGGAAGCAGGCGUGCUGGCAAUGGAGGCAUUGCAUAGACAAGUUCUGCCCUUCUUACUGAGGAGAAUGAAGGAUGAUGUGCUUCAAGAUCUGCCACCCAAGAUCAUACAGGAUUACUACUGCAACCUCAGUCCUCUACAGGUUCAACUGUAUGAAGACUUUGCAAAAUCUCGCGCGAAGGUGAACGUGGAUGACGUGAUUUCUACAGCGUCUACACAAGAGGAUGAAGAGAAGCCCAAACUCAAGGCCACUGGACACGUCUUCCAGGCUCUGCAGUAUCUGAGGAAGCUGUGUAAUCAUCCUGCACUGGUUCUGACUCCUCAACACCCCGAAUAUAAGCACAUCACAGAGCAGCUGAGCACUCAGCACUCCAGUCUCAGAGACAUCCAGCACGCUCCCAAACUCUCAGCCCUCAAACAGCUGCUGUUGGACUGUGGUCUGGGUUCUGCCGGGGCAUCUGACAGCGGCACAGAAGCAGUCGUGGCUCAGCACCGUGUGCUCAUCUUCUGUCAGCUGAAGAGCAUGCUGGACAUUGUGGAGCAGGACCUCCUCAAACCACAGCUGCCCGGCGUCACAUACCUCAGGCUGGACGGUAGCGUUCAGGCCGGACUCAGACACUCCAUAGUCUCCAGGUUCAAUAAUGACCCGUCCAUAGACGUUCUGCUGCUUACUACACAUGUGGGUGGACUUGGCUUAAAUCUGACUGGUGCGGAUACUGUGGUGUUUGUGGAGCACGACUGGAACCCCAUGAGGGACCUGCAGGCCAUGGACAGAGCUCACAGAAUAGGACAGAAACGUGUGGUGAAUGUAUAUCGUUUGAUCACACGAGGCACACUGGAGGAAAAGAUUAUGGGUCUGCAGAAAUUCAAGAUGACCAUCGCCAAUACAGUGAUCAGCCAGGAGAACGCCAGCCUGCAGAGCAUGGGCACAGAGCAACUGCUCAACCUCUUCACACUGGACAAGGAUGAUAAAGCAGAAAAGUGUGAUGGUUCCUCCUCAUCCUCCGGUAAAUCCAGUAUGAAGUCAGUUCUGGAUGGACUGGGUGACUUGUGGGACCAGCAGCAGUACGAGAAUGAGUAUGACCUGGGCACCUUCAUGCACUCGCUCAAAUGAAAGACUUCAGAGACCAGCACAAAACACUGGAGCUUCAGCCCCUAAACACUCCAGUCUUACAGCUCUUAUUAACCUCACAGGAUCGAGCUCUCCAGCUCAUCCUGUACCAAUGCAACUUUUGAACCUCAGGGUUUGCUAGAACUUGUUGGGGAUGACAGUAUUGAUUAAAGAGACGUGAACGCUUCUGAUGGAUCAUCCAGACCACCGGGGGGCGCUUGCUGACUUUGUAGGUUUACUAGGAAGGGCUUGCAGCUGCUGAUCAGACAGGACUAAAGUCUUAUGUGCACUGACUGAGAUCUGGAGAAACGGCAGGACGAAGAGUUUUAAAAGGAAAACACACAAACGCGUAGAACUGUAAAUAUUUCUGUUAUUUGCCUUUUUGGUAAGCUGGUAGAAUUUUAAUAAAUUCUAAUGAGCUCUUUACAAAUGUCUGGGUUUGCGUUUAUGAGCUUGUUUUUUUACUAUAAUUAUGAUGCCAUUGUAGUUUUUACUAUUUUUAUUUCAGUUUUUUUUAAUGUUUGUAUAACUCUACUUGAGUUUGAGUUAUUUUAGAGGACAUUAAGAUGAAUUAAAUGACCGCAAGACCUGCAGCUGAAAUAAAGAACAUAUUUAAAAACAAAACUACUACAUUUAAUAUUUAUUUUAAGUAAUAAGGUUUGGUUGUUAUUGGUUUACUUAUGGCCCGUUUCCUCUGAGUGGUACAGUAUGGUUCUGUACGGGUCACCCCUAUCAGGCUUGCGUUUACACUGCCAAAAGGGUACGACUGAAAGUUUGUCAAAAUCAUUCUUACUCAAGGAAAUGUCUACAGUAAAGCUGUACAGGUCGUUCACGUAUCAAAUGUGAAGCACUUCUCACAAAACAGAUGCUUUAUACACACAAAUACUUGUGUAUAAAUGUUCAUUACUAUCCUUUCUAUGAACAUGUUUGAUUAUAACUACAGAUCAAUGAUAGGGCAAAAUAGCCUGCUGUAAUGUCUGCAAUUAUAUAAAAUAAAUAAAUAAAUGCAACAAAUAUGAA